UGGGUGUGUGUAAAUGCCUUCGAUCGUGGACUUUCACCAGAAUACACACCUUCAAACCGUGGACACACAGGAAUCGUGGACGUCCACGAUUAGAACGCCUAUUAUUUUCGUCAUUUACGUGGCCCAAUGAGGGCGCUCUCUUAAUAUCUGGAAAAUUUGACGAAGUCCACGUUAGAGGUAAUAAAUAGUAUCAGGAGUGUACGAAUACACAGUUCGUGUGACAAAAUUCUCCAGGAAUCGUCGCGCAUAAAUGAAUAACGCCCCCUUUCGGCAGUGAGUGACGUGUAGAGAUCUAGAUCGAUAUCGAGCGCCAAAACUCGUAAACCGUGCACGCGCAACCAAAAUACCAACGUGAUCGUGACAAUGUAGCCGCACCAAGUACGGCGCGCAAGUUCGCAAGAGGUGUGAUAAAUCUUCAAUUUCAGACUGUACAAAUGGCAGCAGAUGACUUAAAUCUGGCUACAGAGGAGAAAGUGCAGAUUCUUUUAUACUUUAUAGAUCUUUACAAGGACAGUAGCAUUUCGUACGAGGAACUCGUGGCAGUUGUUGUGGAGAUUUUAUUGCAAUUGUGAAGCCUAAAGUAUGUCUUCCAGGAGAAAAAGAUUUUCUCCGGCAGCCGAAGCAGAGCAUUUCUGUAGCCUGGGGAAGGACAAGAGUGGAUUUCAAAAACAAUAUAUAAAUGAUGUGAUCGGAUAUGGUCUUUUUACAUCAAUGACUUUCGAGAAGGGGAGCUUUCUCCUUGAAUAUAGAGGCGAGCGGUCUUUAGUUUCUGAUGAUGAGGAGAUGACCAGUGAAGACUCGUAUGUUUUUCACUUUAAACACUGUGGUGUAAAGUACAGAAUUGAUGCAUCAAGUGAAGGGAGCUGCUUGGCAAGAUACAUCAAUGAUGAAGAAACCAAGCCCAACUGCAGAAUGAAGAAACUUGUAUUCAACAAUGUUCCCCAUCUGUGUUUGUUUGCACUGACUGACAUCAAUCAAGGAGCUGAACUUAGAUACAACUAUGGAGAGGAUGACUACCCAUGGCGCAAGGUUGAUGUUACAACCAAGCCUGUUACAACCAAACCAACUAGUCUAGGUGAAACUAGUCCUUUGAACCUAGCUAUUAGACAUGGUGAGUUGUCUAAUGCUGCCACUCCGGAUCUUCAGCAUAAGGGAGAAAGGCAAAGUAGGAGUGUCCAUCACGAAGACAGUGAUCCAUGCAAACCCAGUAAAGCCCUCAGACGAGUUGAGUUUCCACAUGCCACCUCUACUUUUGCAGACACUGAGGCAUAUUCGGCUGGUAAAACAAGUCCCCAUCUGGAGGAAUGUCAACCACUUAAAUCCAGUCUCUCUGCCGAUGUUGAGCCAGCUGCCUCUGCCAGUCUAGGUGAAACAAGUCCCUUGGACCAAGCUGUUAGACAUGGUGAGUUGUCUAAUGCUGCCACUCCGGAUCUUCAGCAUGAGGGAGAAAGGCAAAGUAGGAGUGUCCAUCACGAAGACAGUGAUCCAUGCAAACCGAGUAAAGCCCUCAGACGAGUUGAGUUUCCACAUGCCACCUCUACUUUUGCAGACACUGAGGCAUAUUCGGCUGUUAAAUCAAGUCCCCAUCUGGAGGAAUGUCAACCACUUAAAUCCAGUCUCUCUGCCGAUGUUGAGCCAGCUGCCACUGCCAGUCUAGGUGAAACAAGUCCUUUGGACCAAGCUGUUAGACAUGGUGAGUUGUCUAAUGCUGCCACUCCGCAUCUUCAGCAUGAGGGAGAAAGGCAAAGUAGGAGUGUCCAUCACGAAGACAGUGAUCCAUGCAAACCCAGUAAAGCCCUCAGACAAGUUGAGUUUCCACAUGCCACCUCUACUUUUGCAGACACUGAGGCAUAUUCGGCUGGUAAAACAAGUCCCCAUCUGGAGGAAUGUCAACCACUUAAAUCCAGUCUCUCUGCCGAUGUUGAGCCAGCUGCCACUGCCAGUCUAGGUGAAACAAGUCCCUUGGACCAAGCUGUUAGACAUGGUGAGUUGUCUAAUGCUGCCACUCCGGAUCUUCAGCAUGAGGGAGAAAGGCAAAGUAGGAGUGUCCAUCACGAAGACAGUGAUCCAUGCAAACCCAGUAAAGCCCUCAGACAAGUUGAGUUUCCACAUGCCACCUCUACUUUUGCAGACACUGAGGCAUAUUCGGCUGGUAAUACAAGCUCCCAUCUGGAGGAAUGUCAACCACCUAAAUCCAGUCUAUUUGCCGGUGUUGAGCCACCAGUCACUGCAAGUCUGAGCAUGCAGACACUUCCAAUUGCCAGUAAUUGUUACAGUGCCAACCAAAUAGUGACGUCAUCUAAUGCCACAGCUGUGAUUAUUGACAGUGAUUCUGAAGAAUCAGAACCCGAUGAUCCCGAUUAUGUACAUGACCCUGAUUAUGUACCAGACUCUGCAAGUGAUGGUGAUGUUAGCUGUUCUGAUGACAUCUUGCAGAUUCCAGAAACUAGACGCAGAAAAAAAAAUUCCCCCGUUGUUGAUAGUGAUGAUGGUAGUGUUGAGUUUGACUGUGAGCCUAGAGAAUCCAAUGGGGCAAACAAUCAACAGGCUGAAUCUUCCGAUUGUCAAAAUCCCAAGGUCUCCAGCUCUUCAUGUGAGCAAUCUGACAUUGAGGUCCUCUGCACAUCAAACGAAGAGGAAAGACGCAGGUGGGAUAAGCCACAGUUCUGUCCCUUUUGUUUGGUGGGGCAAAAGAAGUUGCCUCGACAUCUUACUACAGAGCACAAAUAUGAACCACAGGUCAAUGAAUGGCUUGGAACAAAAGAGCCAAAGAAACGUGCAAAGCUCCUGACGCUCAUGAGGAAUUACGGGAAUUUUCUCCAUAAUCAUAAAGUUCUAGAGGAGGGAAAAGGUACACUCAUAGUUGUUUAUCGGCCAAAAUACAAGGCUAAUGCUCGAGACUAUUUGCCUUGCACAAGAUGCUACGGCUACUUUGCGAAAAGUGACCUGUGGAAACACAAAUGCAGCCAGGCAACUGAUGAAUCAGAUGCUACUGAUGAACCCGUUAAAAAGAAACGAAGGACUGGACUUGCAAAGGCAAGUAGAAUGAUGCUGCCUAUCACUCCUGGAGUAAGCAAGAGAACACAUGAAAUUUUAGCCACCAUGAAGGAUGACAACAUAGCUAGGGUGGUCAGGUCGGACAGGCUAAUACAAUUGUUUGGUGAAAAGCUGACUCUGAAGCAUGGACACACCAGGGACCAGGAGGGGUAUAUUAGGCAGCGAUUACGUGAGCUGGCACGGAUGUUGUUGGAAUAUAGAAUUCUCACAGAGCAGCCAAAUGCUCAAAUGGAAGACCUUAUAUGCCCAAAGAAAUUCCAUGACGUAGUUAAGGCUACAAGACAAGCUUCAGGAUUCAAUGGAGACGAUAACAUCUACACAACUCCAAGCCUGGCUCUAAAGAUUGGGCACAGUCUAAAGACAUGCACUGAGAUACUUCGAGGGGAAGCUCUUGUGUCUGGUGAUGAAGCGGUUGAAAAGAAAUCCAGAGCAGUUGCUGAAUUGUACAGUUUGCACUGGGAGGGGGAGGUGAGCCACCACGCUCUGAGAACCCUUGAAGAAGCCAAACGCAACAACCCCAAGAUACUCCCAUUGACAGAAGAUGUUGUGAAGCUAUCUAGGUACCUUCAAAACCAGGCAAAGACAAAUCAUGAAGAGCUACUGAGGUCGUCUGGGUCUGAAAUGCAGAAAGCAUGGGUGAAAUUAGCUGAAGUCCUGCUGUCUCAAGUAAUCGUCUUCAACAGAAAACGAUCAGGCGAGGUGUCAAGAAUGACACUGAAUGAUUACAACAAAUGUGCUAGAGGGGAGACAUGUAUAGUAGAUGGGGCCCUGUCUGUAGUUGAGAAGGCACUGUGUAAGGCACUAUGGAGAGUAGAAAUAAUUGGGAAACGUUCCCGCACUGUUCCUAUUCUCUUAACCACCAAAAUGAAGGCAGAUCUUGACACUCUAACUGAAUGUAGAAAAGAGGCAGGCUUAGAUCACAACAAGUACCUGUUUGGUAUGCCGGGAGGUUCUGGUCAUCUGCGUGGAACAGACACUCUUCGAAAUCAUUCAGCAAGGUGCGAAGCAAAAAACCCGGAACUUCUGCGAGCUACCAGACUUCGGAAACACAUAGCUACAGUAUCUCAAGUAAUGAACUUGCAGGACAACGAGCUGGACAUACUCGCAGGCUUUCUUGGACAUGACGUACGGACACAUCGAGAGUAUUACCGCCUACCAGACUCAACUCUGCAGGUAGCUAAACUCUCCAAAGUACUGCUGAAGAUGGAGAGUGGGGACAUCAGUGGUCUAGCUGGAAAGAGCCUGAAGGAUGUGCAUGUGGGAUCUGAUGAGGAGUGCCUGUGCAGUUCUGAUGAUGGAAGUGAAGCAAGUGAUAGUGAAUCCGAGUUGUGCACACCCGUGGUAGAGGAUAAAGGUGAUACAGAUGUUGCUGAAACAGUAGGCACCAGCAAACGCCAGACAAAGAAGAUGUGGAGUGAUGCUGAGAAGGAAGCUGUCAACAGGCAUCUGGGGAUUUUCUUAAGAACAAGAAAACUUUGUGGAAAGGAUCCAAUCAUCUCUGCGAUGAAAGCUGAUCCACGCAUCUUCAAGGGUCGCACAUGGACAAAUAUAAAGGAUUUCGUGAGAAACCAAAUUAGAAAACGAGACCCUUUAGGAUUUCUUCAGAAAUUUUAAAUGAAUGAGGUGUUACAGUCAGGCAUGUUACCACAAUUAUGAGGUUCUUUGUAUGUUCUUGGUUGAGCAUUGCUUGUAGGGGAAGCUGUGCUUUAAUGCUGAACUGAUGUGCUGGCAGGUACAGUCUGGCAAUUUUUCAUUGUCUGCAGUUCACUAAGUUCACGAAUGAAGGCAUUUGUUUGAAAGACAGUAACUUUACCCUGAAAUGCAAACUGUUAUGCUGAGGGUUUCAAAAGUACAGGUAUAUAAUAUGAUCUUGAAAGAAGAGUCGAUCAAAAAUAAUUUCUUACAAGAAGCAGAAAAAAUUGGCAAGCAAAACAAAAGAGUUUGCGGAAUAUUGGACAACUAAUAACAAAGUUAUGAU